CUUCAAAUCCCAUUCUCUCCUUCCCCAAAUUUAUUCAAGGAUUAGCCUCACUCUCUUUUAUGCUGCUUUCUUCAUUAUAUUUUCAUUCUCUAAUUCCCAAAGUUUCCAACUUUCACUCUGACUUUGACGUUUCUCUCAUACCCAUUUUCUCCCAAAUGGAUUUUAUCCAACUUCAGGUUCCAAAGAUUGAGUUUAACCCACACGGCUUCGACUCCCUACAGUACUAUCAAGACCCAUUUCAUGAGAAUGUUUCAUUAGAAGAACAUCUACAGCUCGACAAUUUAUUUGAGUUCAAUUCAAUCCCUUUGGAAUGGAACCAGAACCAACAUCCCCACAUGGGUUUCCAAGGUUUUGAAGAUUUAGACAGCUGGGAUUUCAUGUUGGACAAUACUGAUUUCACAUCACCUUGUGAUUAUGUUGUGGUUGAUGAAAAGCCUGUGAUCACCAUGGUGGAUUCUUUUGAUUACUCUAACAACCCUACAAGUGAUUUGGAUGAAGCUUCAAGAAUGGCUGACUGGGGAAGAAAUGGGAUUUAUAAUAAGAAGAAGUCUGCUGCAUUGGAAUUGGAUGAGAUACAAAAAUACUUUGACCUCCCCAUCACUCAAGCAGCCAAGAAAUUGAACGUGGGAUUGACUGUUCUGAAGAGGAGGUGCAGGGAACUAAACAUCAUGAGGUGGCCACACAGAAAGAUUAAGAGCUUGAAGGCUCUGAUUGAAAAUGUUAAGGGUUUGGGAUUGACCAAUGAGCUAAAGAUGCUGGAGGAGCAGAAAAGGCUUCUAGAGCAACUGCCAGAUAUGGAGCUAACAAAGAGAGCCAAAAAGCUGAGGCAGGCUUCUUUCAAAGCCAAUUACAAGAUGAAGAGGUCUUUGACCACUGCUCGUCCAUGACUUUAUCAUCAUUCAAAUAUAUCAAUGUCAAACAGAUAUCUCUUUUCUCUGUUAGCAAACUAUUAAGACCACACAUGUUUAGUUAAUAUCCACACAAACAUUAAACAGAUGAGAAAAUCAGGACACGUAUA